GCAUCAGGAUAUGUAUCAUUUUGUUCAUGCGAAGCGAUCAGCGUUGCGUAGUCUUAGUGGAAAUGGCGGGAUUGAGAAGAGUCGUGUCGACAUAGCAGCUCUUCAAACGCCUGUGCUACUUGUAUAAGAGACUGAAGUUCAUGAUUUUCAGAACAAACCAGCCUUCAUCUGUAAACAAGCUCUUCGGUCCUCUCUUCUGCUCUCAACGUCGAAAAGAACCCACCUUCUACUUUUCUUGGCAUCAAUAUGCGUUUCUCGAUCAUCACAUCCGUCCUCUUCGGCGCAACUGUCAUUGCGUCACCUGCAACAAGACGCCAGGAACUAUCCGACACUGGUGCUCUUGCCGACCGGUUCAGUUCGCUUCUCGCCAAUGUUGGAGCCCUGGGCUCACAGGGAACGUCUCUUGAAGGUGCCACACAGGGAACGUCUCUCGAAGGUGUCACACAGGGAACGUCUCUCGAAGGUGUCACACCGGGAACGUCUCUCGAAGGUGUAACCACUGGAGGCCAGGAGACACCUGAUAUAGGUGCUGUGGCUGGUUGGGUUCAAUCUCUCAUCUCUACGCUUCAAUCUUCUCUGGACACUCUCCCAGGGCAGCAGGAUGGCAUCGUCGGCAGACGUCAGGAAAUACCUGACACGGGAGCCCUGGCCGACUGGUUCGAACUACUGAUUACCGACCUUGCCAGUACCCUUACGACACUGCCAGAAGAACUAGUGGGUAUUUUGGUUGGCGCAUAGGAGGAAUGAAGGGAAGCGAAACGGUUAAGCAUUCUUUGGUCGGGGUAUGAAGGGUCCUCAUGUAGGAGGGAUGAUUGACUGCACUAGCGUCAGGAUUCAGUAAUUAAUGUCUAAUGUUACACUCCACA